AAAUUAUGAAGGUGGCUUUCCAUUUUCAGUUCUCAAAAAUCACCUUAUUGCUUCUACUUCUUUUCUUCAAAACUCAUCUGGCAACUAUUCUGUCUUCUAUAAAUGAAACUGACAAACUUGCUUUGUUGGCCUUCAAACAUAGAAUAACACAGGAUACCUCGGGGGUCAUGAAAUCAUGGAAUGAAUCUAUCCAUUUCUGUGAUUGGAUGGGAGUUACAUGCAGCAGCCGUCAUAAAGGGAGAGUAACCCUCUUGAGUUUACCAGGGCACAGGUUGAUUGGUUCCAUCCCUCCCCAAAUAGGGAAUCUCUCCUUUCUACGGGAAAUUAACCUUGCAAAGAACAUGUUCAAAGGCGAGAUUCCACAAGAAAUUGGUCGUUUAUUCCGACUAAGAAUUCUCACUCUAUCUGGGAAUGCUUUCCGAGGGGAGAUUCCAAGCAAUAUGUCCUUCUGCUUAAGUCUUGAAGUCCUCAAUAUCAGCAUGAAUGCUCUUGUAGGCAGAAUCCCAGAUGGUCUUGAAAAUUUGACAAGGAAGAAGCUAAAUACUCUCUCUCUUGGUUUAAAUAACUUGACUGGAACGAUCCCAAAAUGGUUGGGAAAUGCUUCUUCCCUUGUUCGCUUGCACUUAGGACAAAACAACUUACAUGGAAGCAUCCCCUAUGAGCUUGGAAGACUCUCAACACUGUCAUCGUUCGUUGUUGCUCAAAACAAUUUAUCUGGUAUUGUUCCUCCAGCUAUUUACAAUCUUUCCUCACUCAUUGUUCUUAGUGUAGCAUGGAGUUGGAACAAAUUACAAGGGGAAAUCCCGAGUGAUAUAGGGUUGACUCUUCCAAAACUUCAGCACAUUUAUUUUGGAGGAAACCAGUUUACUGGGCGGCUUCCGGUUUCAUUAUUGAAUGCUUCACAGUUGAAAGACAUUGGAUUUGAAAUUAACAAUUUCAGUGGACCUGUCCCCCAGAAUCUUGGAAGACUGAGUGAUCUGGAAACGUUGACUAUUGGUGCAAAUCAAUUAGAAAAUUUGGAGGGAGACGACUUCAAUUUCUUAACUUCUUUAACCAAUUGCAGUACUCUUUCCACACUGGACAUAGGUAAUAAUCGUUUGAAAGGUCAAUUGCCUACUUCAAUUGCUAAUUUCUCAAGCAAGUUUGAACUGCUGUCUGUAUCAAGCAAUCAGAUUUCGGGUAGAGUACCUGACGGAGUUGGCAACUUGAUUGGCCUUACUUAUUUGGAUUUCAGUGAGAACUUUCUCACAGCUGAAAUUCCAACUAGUAUUGGCAAAUUGGAAAGGUUGAAUAAACUUGAUUGGCACAGAAACCAACUAUCAGGUACAAUUCCUUCCUCACUUGGAAACCUAACCCAAUUACUUUAUUUGCGUUUGGAUGUAAAUAACUUGAAAGGUGAAAUACCUCUUAGUUUGGGAAACUGUAGAAAUCUUGAACAACUCAACCUGUCUUUUAACAACAUUUCUGGUGCCAUACCAAAAGAAGUUAUGAGUUCUAAGAUGUUAUUCUUAGGCUUAUCAAGUAACUUCUUAUCUGGGUCACUGCCUCUAGAGUUGGGAAAUAUGAUCAAUCUAAUUGCUUUGGAUCUAUCCUACAACAGAUUGUCAGGAGAAAUUCCAAGUACUUUGGGAACUUGUCUUAUGAUGGAAGACCUUCGUAUGCAGGAUAACUUAUUUGUGGGUGUUAUCCCAUCCUCAUUCAAUGCUUUGAAGAGUCUUUAUUACCUUGACCUUUCAAGAAAUAAUUUGUUUGGUCAAAUUCCAAAAUAUCUCCAAAAUUUCACUCUGCUACAGAAUUUGAAUUUGUCUUUCAACAGAUUUGAAGGAGAGGUUCCAUAUGAUGGGGUCUUUAGAAAUGCAAGUGCACUUUCAAUUACCGGAAAUCAAAACCUCUGUGGAGGCAUCAAGAAACUCGGACUCCCUCCAUGUAAGAUACAUGGUCAAAAGAAUGAAAGAUCUCACAAUCUAAAGAUGGUGAUUCCAAUUGUUUCCUGCUCAAUCUUAUUAGUAGUAUUACUGGUUCUUUUUGCUUGGAGAAGGAGGUCCAAGAGGAAAGCCACUAGCUUGUUGCAACCCCAAGAACUAUUUCCGAAGAUUUCUUAUGCAGAGUUAGGUCAAGCAACUAAUGACUUCUCAUCAUCUAACUUGAUUGGUGAAGGAAGUUUUGGCUCUGUCUAUAAAGGAAUCACUCAUGGAAUGCAAAUUGCAGUGAAAGUGUUGAAUCUUAAACAAAAAGGAGCUUUCAAGAGUUUUGUGGCUGAGUGUGAAGCUUUGAGAAACAUUCCCUUUUGUGACGAUCAUGGGGAAUUAGUGAUAUGGGGCUGUGAAAGAACACAAUAUGAAGGAGUCAAGGAUCAAGGAAUUCGUCACUGGAGCAAACCUGGAUACGCGUUUUCUAUAUUUGGAAUUGGAUUGGUGCCACCCAUCAAAUGUAACCUGCAGAAAAGAAACAAACUACUGGGUUCUGCUUCAAUUCCUGGUGAGUUUACUGCCCGCCGAGAUUAGUUUCUGUUAUGGUAUUUUAUUUUUUAUUUUUUUUGUCCCUCAAAAUCAAAGUUCUUAGGGGCCUUAUUUCAUUUUUAAUUAAUAAAUAUAAAAAUUAUGU